UCCUCCUUUCUCGCUGCAACCAAUGAAUUUCCCCCCUGUCCAAGGCACAUAUCAGAUUCUCAUUACCAUUGCCUUGGCUUCCAUUUUCUUCCUUCAGCAAUCUUUUGUUGAGUUAUCUUUGUUUCUCAGAUUCUGCUAAGCUAUGUCUGAAUCUACUACCAGUGCCAGUGCUGGAGAUGCCACAGCAUCGGUGGCAGAUCCGCGUGCGAUUUCGAGAGAUGUCUUCUCUGCCACUCUGGGUUCUAUUUGCUGUUGCUACACAGGACAACCCUUGGACACGAUCAAAGUCAGAAUGCAAACCAACCCUGCAGAAUUCCCGGGAGUCUUUUCUACCACGACAUCCAUUUUCAAAAAUGAGGGAAUGGCGGCUUUUUGGAAGGGAUCUAUUCCAACCGCUGUUGGAAUGGCCUUUGAAAAUGCAAUGGCAUUCGGGGUCAAUGAAGCACUCAAAAGAGCAUUUCCAGAUGAUCCAGCACAGAAAAAUCUAGAUGCACCACCAGAUCUAGGAAAACCAUUCCUCAUGGGAGCCAUUACUGGCUGCUGUUCGGCAUUGGUCCUACUGCCAAGUGAGGUCAUCAAAACCAAAACACAAUUUGUGGUAGGUGAAAAUGUCAGCUCACAAGAAAUCAUGAGGAGAAUGAUCAAACACUCGGGAUACAAGAGUCUUUUUGCAGGAUUGGAUGCUCAGCUGGCCCGUGAUGCUUCUUUUUAUGCCCUUUUCUUUGGUGGAUACGAACUAUUCUGUUACUCCUUCCGAACUUUUGUCCCAUCUAUGCCAGAGGAACUCAACUAUUUCAUAAGUGGUGGAUUUGCCGGCAUGUUUGGCUGGGCUAUGGCCAUGCCAUUUGAUGUCCCAAAAACAAAUGUACAGGCACGCUACGACUGCAAAAUUGUAGGAAGCUACUUUCCCGAACUAUUCAAAAUUGCCAGAGAACGAGGAGUUGUGGGUCUCUAUGCAGGGCUCGGACCCACACUGGCACGCGCCUUUCCCGCCAAUGCAGCCCUCUUUUUGGGUGUGGAAAUGGGAAAGAAACUGUUUGACAAAGUGUUGUAAAGCGGAGGCGGAUGAAUGGAGUCAUUGGAGAUGGAGGAGAUGCAAGCAACACGGUACAAAACUAUACAAGCGAUGCAUGCAUAAAAUAGAUUUUGCACCAGCUAGAGCAAUGGAUCUACUCUCGAGCCUACAUACCACGUGCCUCGUGCAAACAACGUCUUCUCCCUGACUGCCAUGGCAAGAUUGCUUUCCUAAAAACUAGUCUACGUUUUACUGGCACAGCUAUGUACCGGUAGCUCGUGGUGAUUCCGUCGAUGACUUUGCCGAACCGUCGACCACAAACAUGGACAUGACAAAACAUCACCAAAGUGGCUGCAGAUGGACCCAUACUUUCUUGCGUUUACAACCGUUCUAUCCACCGUAGGUAUCGAUAGGGACUCGUCACUCGUUCAUCCUCAAUGAUUAGAAUGAUCGGGUAUCGAAAUGAUCACUGAUGGCUGUAGCAACUCGAUCACGGCAGUUCCGAAUUUUUGGCAUGAAGAUUUUGAAAGCCAUGGCUAGCCUGGAGCAGUAAGAUAUUCGUGCCUUUGAAUGAAAGCUACUAUUAAUAGUAGCUGACCACCACAAAAGCUCCACGGACUCUCAACCGCGGCCGGGGAUCGGCUGUUAAUACAAGUAGAAGUUUGUGAGAAACAAGGGUUCGACUGGAGUAGACGAAAGAUACUUAGA